CCCUCAUUCACAGUCAGACUCCCGAGUAGACCAGCAAACAAUAAGCAACAACUACUUUCUUUCGUGUCUGGCUGCUUUUCGUUAUUCACUGCCUCCAACAAUCUACGGUUGUUUUCUCUGGCUCGUGCACAUUUGCAAACGUGUCCCACCGUCAGCAUGUCCUCAGAAGCGUCAUCUCCUGUGAAGUCCACCACCCCUCCUCUGUCCCCGCUGUCCCCGGUGUCCCCCAGCUCUCUUCGUCUGCCUGCAUGUCGCAACAGAGACCGGUCGCCCUCCCCCAUGAGGGGCUACCUGAUUCCCAGUCCCCUGCCCACCCGCCGCAACCGCACCUGCUCAGCUCAAGCGCGUGCAGCUGAGGGCCCGGUCUUCAGUGGGGUCUGCAAGUGCUUUUCACGUUCCAAAGGACACGGUUUCAUCACGCCAUCAGACGGAGGCAAUGACAUCUUUGUGCACAUAUCUGACAUCGAGGGUGAAUAUGUGCCUGUGGAAGGAGAUGAAGUGAGCUACAAGAUCUGCUCUAUUCCACCCAAACAUGCAAAGAUCCAGGCCGUUGAGGUGACCAUCACUCAUUUAGCACCAGGCACGAAACAUGAGACCUGGUCAGGAGCAGUGUUUGAAUCAUGAGGUCCUUGAGAACAGCAGCUCUCUGAAUCUGAACUCUUACAUAAUGAUGUCGAAAAGGGUUUCUGUUUCUUUUCUGGAGGUUUGGGGGAAAGGGAACAGGGCUGAAUGAAUGAAUGCCUUUAAGUGCUGUGUGUGACAUGACAGCAAAUUUCCACAAAAAAAAAAAAAAAAAAAAAAACCUUGCUGCUUUUUUUCUUUAUUUGGGUUCAGGAAGGGAGUUUGUUUGAAAUGAUCUUGAUUAUUUGGUUUGUUUAAUUAUGUGGCAUGAACCAUAAUCAGUUAUACUUGCAUUAACCAUCUGUGAAUUGCAGACUGAUUUGAUUACUCAUGAGAACUGAUUACACACUCUUAACAGGAAGCCUUAACACAUAUCUAAUAUGUAGAUUUCCCUUUUUUUUUUAUUCGCUGAAAAAAAAAACA